UAAAAUAACUGAUUAGAGGAAGUAUUAUCUGUAGCUAACAAAUUGAACUGAUUGUUUCUGGUCAUCAUGUCCUUCAGUAUUUUUAGAAGUAGUAGAUCUGAUCCUCCUGUUUUGUUCAUGAAUUUAAAGAAGCUUUUUUGCUUUUUCAACUCCCAAUUGGUUUCUCAACUUUGAAUGAACUAGUUAUUGAAAUGAAAUACAGAGAAUAUUCUCUGCACCAGGAGAAGAGGCUACUGCUGUCAAAAGCUGCUUUACCACUUCAACAAACUCUAGUUCCAGGUGCUUAGCCAGUGACUUCCACCAGUUCAGUGGUUUAACUUUUAUUUUUAAAACUUUAGCAGCAAACGUAUUGUCUGAAUAUUUUCUUAUUCCAUUCAAAUAAUUUUAAUAGAUUUAAAAUAAAUUUAGGCUUUAAUAUGAAUUGUCAUCAUUUCAAUUUUAGUUUAGUUUUUUAAAAGUCCAGUUUUGAAUUGGAUGUUUAGCCACUCUCUGAUUUAGACUUCCCUGCAGUAUUUGGAGCCCAAACUUUGCAGCAUAGUGCUACUGCACGACAAUCCUUAAGUGACGUUGCCAAGUCUGUUUUCAUUGUCCAGACAUAGUGAGAAUUAAAUUCUAUCAUUAAAAUAUUGUAUUGAUCUAAAAUGGAAAUGUUUAAACCUGCUAAUGUUAAACCUGUUUGUAAAGUGAUGUCUUAAAAUAUACAGUUCAGUUUUAAAUCUUUAUUCUUCCUUUCCAGGUGGCUAUGGUGGAGGUUCAGCUAGAAAGAGAUUAUCCCUACCCUCCAGGUCUCUUGAUAGCUUUCAGUGCCUGUACUACUGUGCUUGUUGCUGUUCACCUCUUUGCUCUCAUGAUAAGUACCUGCAUUCUUCCAAAUAUAGAGGCUGUUAGUAAUGUGCACAAUCUCAACUCUGUAAAGGAGUCUCCGCAUGAGCGUAUGCACCGGCACAUUGAGCUCGCCUGGGCAUUUUCCACUGUCAUUGGGACUUUGCUCUUCCUUGCAGAGGUGGUGCUGCUGUGUUGGGUGAAAUUUCUUCCACUGAAGAGGCAUCCUCUUGUUUCAGCCAAUGACAACAAUUCUACUAUCACACCAGGAGAGGCAGCAGCCAUUGCCUCAACAUCUAUUAUGGUUCCUUUUGGAUUGAUUUUCAUUGUGUUUGCAGUCCACUUCUAUAGGUCACUGGUGAGCCACAAAACAGACAGGCAAUUUCAAGAAUUGAAUGAACUUGCUGAGUUUGCACGACUCCAGGAUCAGCUGGACCACAGAGGCGACACCUUGCCACCUCCUGGCAGCCACUUUGCAUAAAACUAUAUUUUGUAUAAAAAUCCCAUUUUUUUCUGCCUUGCUAUGUUGACUGCUCCCUGCAUGAACUAGCUGGACUGUUGAUUUAUUUUAAAGAGAGAUUUAUAAGUACUGUGCUAAUUUCUUACAGUAAAAAAAUACCAUGACAUCUUAGACAACUGACAUCUGAAGAGACAUCUGAUGUUGGGGUCUGGCUGCACUGAGCAUGCAUCUCUCUUCCCUCCUCUUAUCAUCUGGAUUGUUUCUUUUUAAUGUUGAAUGGUGAAUAUAUCAAUGAAUAAGAGGAAUUAAAUUUUAGGCCUCAGUAUAUGUUAGGGGUGGGAGGGAAGCCUUAUUUCUCUCUCUUUGAUGUUGAUGUUUGCUAGAAAAUAUUGCUUGUCCAAUACAUGUUGCAUGGCACAAUACAAAUUACUUGGGACAUGCAGUAAUUAGCAUUUGGUUUCAGUGCUAGUGCUGUGAUCUAGGGUUACCAUAUUUAAAAAAAACAUAAAGAGGACACUCCAUGGGGCCCCA